CGUGGGGAAGGGGGCGUGGGGGGUUUCUCAGGAUCUGGGCCCCUGUGGGGCCAGGAUCGGGGCCCUGGUCCCUGCUUUGCCGGGAGCAGGGGGCUGGGGGGCGGACGGUGGCCAAGCGGGUGGCUUGACCUGGGCUGGGUUACGAGCCCCAACCCUCUGAGUCUUUGCCUGGCUGCCCCCCAGAUCCACCCUCUCCCCUGUCCCUGAGCCCCCUGCCCCCCACCUUCACCCCUCUGAGUCCCCUGCCCCCCAGAUCCACCCUCUUCCCUCAGCCCCCUGCCCCCCAGAUCCACCUCUUCUUCCUCAGUGCCCCCUCCCACACAAUCACUUCCCCCAAACCCUGGCUUCAGGCCUCCCCUCACUCCCCGCUAGCUUUACCCCAUUUCUCAGCCCCACCAAGCUCACUCCCUGGAUUCACCCCCCCAUGUCUCAGCCCCCCACACUUAACCCUAGAUUCACCUGCUGCACCCCCACGAUUCACACCCCCCCCCACACACACACACACUCCCCUCCCUUCCCAAACCCCGCCUUGAUGCCCAGGGGCAGAUGCCAGGCCCCUCCCUUCCGCACGCACACCUAUACCCAACUCUUUGGGGUGGGGUGCAGGGGCUGGCAAUUCGCUUGGGGGUGCACCCCAGAUCUGCCUUGGGAAGCGUCUCCCUCCCCAUCCGCCCUUCCUGGGGCGGAUGCGAUGGAGAGAUAUUUGCUUUCUAUUUAUAACCUUCAUCCAUUCAUCAUCCCCCCUCCCCCCCCGACCCUCUCUAAUCCCCCCGCUUUGGCCUUUAGACACUGGCCCGGUUCUGUAUUUCUGCAGCUUGGUGCAAUUUCUCCCCCCCCCCCCACUCCCUUGAUGAAGUUUGAACCCUUCUGUGUGUCUGGUGGGGUGGGGGGGAAACAGGCCCGUUGGGCUGGGAGACCUAGGGGGAGGUUGCGAUGAGCGUGGAGUGGAUCACACAAUGCUGGGGUCGCCCUGCGAGGCGGGGGGCGGGAUUCACAGAAACGCCAGAAUAAUAUUGCAGGUCAUGCAGUUGCCGGAGUGGGGCUGGGAUGGGGCCUGGUGUGGGUCCCUGCUGCCCCCUGCUGGAGGGGACGGGCCCUGCGCUGUGUCCGGGGUGCCCCGCACAUCUGGCGAGCAUCGGCAUGUGGGUAUCUCUUGGAAGUGGGGGCGUGCCGUGUGGGGGUGUGCUGGGGGGGUUGAACGAAAGCCAUGAAUUCCCGCCCCGCGCCCCAGCCCGCAGGUCUGGUCCGUAGCCGCCCGGCGCUGCCGUCCCCAGGGGAGGUGGGGUGGAGGCGGAUCGAUGCGGAGCCGGGACAUUGUGUUGUUCGCAAACCGCCGAGUGAGCAGAACAAACCCCGGCCCUGGCACGGAGACGGACCCCGGUGCCCUUACGUAACUGGCCCGGAUUCCGCCGAAGAGUGGGUCCCACCAGAGCCAAACCUCAUGAAAUAUGCACCAGGUUUCUAAAUGGAUCCCGCGCGAUUUAUUUAUACAGCGAGCGAGAAACCCUGCGCGAGAGGCUCCGGCCAGGAGCUGUGCAAAGCAGGAGAUGAUUAGAUCAAAGCCCUCUGUGUGUGUCAUAACAAUUUCUGUGCGUAUAAUAUAUAUUAAUGUGUGUGUGUAUAUAUAUAUAUAUAUAUAUAUAUAUUCCCUUCUAUAGCUAAUCAAAGGGGUGUCUAUUGUGUAAUCAUCCCAUCUGUGAGCUUUUGUGUGUUACAUACAAUAAAAUAUACACACCCAGAUGUGGUGAUAUAUAAUAUCUAGCUACACAUACUUUUCCACAACUACACAGCUAUCUGCAUGUAAUAAACCCUAAGUGCAUGGGUGUGUAUGCAAUAUAUAUGUGCGCACACACAGAUUUGGUGGUAUAUGGUAUACGAACACACGUAAUAAAAACGAUGCAAUAAACACGCAUAUAUAUUUAUAUACACACACACACACACACCCCCGUCUAUCUGUGGACACAUUCCCAGGUGUGUGUCUAUAUAUUGUAUAUAGAAUCGGAGGACGGGCAGGGACCUUGAGGGGUCGUCCAGUCCGGUCCCCGGCGCUCACGGCAGGACUAAGUAUUAUCUAGACCAGUGGGUCGCGGUGGCUCUGGUUAGCACCGGUGACCGGGCCGUUAAAACUCCCGGCGGUGGUGCUGCCUGGCUGAGGCAGGCUGGUCCCGACCUGUCCUGGCACCGCGCUGCACCCCAGAAGUGCCCAGCAGCAGGUCCGGCUCCUAGGCGGUGGGGCCACAGGGCUCCGUGCGCUGCCCCUGCCCCAAGCACCAGCUCCACACUCCCAUUGGCUGGUUCCUGGCCAAUGGGAGCUGGGGAGGGGGCGGUGUCUGUGGGUGAGAGCAGCUUGAGUACCUCCACCUUGGAGCCGGACCUGCUGCUGGCUGCUUCCGGGGCGCAGAGGGGUGCCGGGACAGGCGGGAAGCCUGCCUCAGCACCCCUGCUGCACCGCUGACCGGGAGACACCCAAGGUAACCCUGUGCCCCAGCCCUGAGCCCCCCACACCUAAACCCAGAGCCCCUUCCUGCACCCCAAACCCCUCAUCCCUGACCCCACCCCAGAGCCUGCACUCCCAUCCCAGAGUCCUGACCCCCUCCUGCACCCCAAUCCCCUACCCCAGCCCUGAGCCCCCCAAACCCAGUCCCCUCCUGCACCCCAAACCCUUCCUCCUCAGCCCCACCCCAGAGCCUGCACCCCCAGCCCAGAGCCCUCACCCCCUCCCACACCCCAAACCCCUCACCUCUGCUCCGCGGGGUCACGGGCAUCAACAAUUUUCUUCAACUGGGUCGCCAGAAACAAAGUGUUGAAACCCACCGGUCUAGGCCUUCCAUCGUUGGUAUAACAUCCUGAAUACGGACAAAAUCAAAUCUCUUCACAUAGAUGUCUAUCAAUUCCACACCCGUUUACACAUGGACACUAUCACAGAUCUGCUUGUGUCUAAGGGGUGUGUCUGCGCACGAGAGAGCCACCCACAGGGUGUAUUCGAUAUAUAACGUAUAAACGCCGGCUGUGAUCGAUCAAGCCAAAUCUUUGUGUAGCUACUACAGGCCGGUGGCCGCAGAUCUGCGUGCGCGUGGAUGAAACCGACGUUAAAAGACCAGGACUAAGGGCGGCAAGUCAAGUGCUCCAGAAACACCCCAUGGAAGGUUCUUCACCGUCCUUAAUUUGGGUCCCCUUGGGCACCGGUCUUUCCAGACCGUCCUUAACUCUGGCCGCACCUGCUGCUUUUAAGGCCGGGCCGGCGCCUCACGGCGCGGCCGGGGCUCAUUACAGGGCGGCUCUUCCCUGUCGAGUUUUGGCCUCGUCACUCAACAUUCGCUUUUCUCUUCAGCCCCCCACGGGCGGCCUUGCACCUUGUUCCCGGCACAUGGUUCAACCCGCCCCCCUGCUGGCUGCGCCGAGUUUGAUCCCUUCCGGGCUUCCCAUGAGUGGGUUCCUUUCUCCCCGCGCUGGGCGAGGGGCUGAGCCCCAUGAUCACCGCUGGGGAGCUGACCUGCUUGGCUCCACCUAGGGCCGGUGGGUGCAGUGGGCUCCCAGCAUGGCGGGCACCCGGAAACCCUGGCUCAAGGGCCCCGUCUGGCCUUGCCCAGGUGCUUCGGGGCAGGGCCGGGGAUAGGAGCCAGUCGGCUCCCCACAGCUCCUGUCCCUUCCUCCAACGCCCUGCCGCAGGGCCCGCCGGCCUCCUGGCCACAGCAGCUCUCCCCAGCCACCCCUCUAUCUAUCUAUCCAUCCAUCCAUCCAUCCCCAGCCACCCCAUUUAUCUAUCUAUCCCCAUCCACCCCCCCAUCUAUCCCCAUCCGCUCCUCUAUCUAUCCAUCCAUCCCCAUCCACCCUCUCUAUCUAUCCAUCCCCAGCCACCCCCUCUCUCUCUCUCUCUAUCUCCAUCCGCCCCUCUAUCUAUCCAUCCAUCCCCAGCCACCCUCUCUAUCUAUCCAUCCCCAGCCACCCCCUCUCUCUCUCUGUCUAUCCCCAUCCGCCCCUCUAUCUAUCCAUCCAUCCCCAUCCACCCUCUCUAUCUAUCUAUCCCCAUCCGCCCCUCUAUCUAUCUAUCCAUCCCCAGCCACCCCCUCUCUCUCUCUGUCUAUCCCCAUCCGCCCCUCUAUCUAUCCAUCCAUCCCCAUCCACCCUCUCUAUCUAUCUAUCCCCAUCCGCCUCUCUAUCUAUCCAUCCAUCCCCAUCCACCCUCUCUAUCUAUCUAUCCCCAUCCGCCCCUCUAUCUAUCCAUCCAUCCAUCCCCAUCCACCCUCUCUAUCUAUCCAUCCCCAGCCAUCCCCCUCUCUCUCUCUAUCUAUCCCCAUCCGCCCCUCUAUCUAUCUAACUAUCUAUCCCCAGCCAUCGCCUCUAUCCAUCUAACCAUCCCCAGACACCCCCUCUGUCUGUCUAUCCAUCCCCAGCCACCCAUCCAUCUAUCUAAUUUUCCAUUUCCAGCCACCCCCUCUAUCCAUCUAUCCAUCCCCAGACACCCCCCAUCUAUCCCCCUCCACUCCCUCUAUCCAUCCCCACCCACCCCCUCUAUCUAUCUAUCUAUCUAUCUAUUUCACACACACACACACACACACACACAAGAUUUGUGUGGGAAGGCGUUGGGUCGUUUGCCAGCAGCCGACACCUUUCAGGGUCACGGGAGGCCAGUGCAAAGUCGAAAGGCCGUUCGAUAUUUUUCCCUUCGCUGCUGUGAACUAGACAGCUGGGCCGGGGCUAAUCCUCCCGCCCGGCUCCCAACGUGAAAUUGCUUCUUUGUCAUGUGCCAAGGCCGGAUCCUGUGUGUGCCUAUGUCCCGGCCUCCCCUUGCUUGAGCGGAUGAGUCCUUCUCUCUCUCUCUCUCUCUCUCUCUCUGUGUCUGUAAGAGAGAAAUUGGGCCCAAAUUUCCCAAGAGAUUUAGGAACCCAAAGAUGUAGCGAGAGGCACUCCAGGGGUUUUGACAGUGCCUCGGUAUCUGGUGACAGUCUCUGUUUCUCUCCGAAUCCCCAGCUCCCAGAGUCCUGGGAUUUUGUGAAAAUGUCAGCUUCCAUUUAAAAGAAAAAUAGUAAACCUUUUAGACCUCCCGGCUGGGGCAAAAAGCUUAAAAACACAAUCCCUAGAGGCAUAGGGGUGAGGGGCAGCACCCACAGCUACCCGAGUAUGGGAGGUGGCAGGAAUGGGAGGGCACAUACAGCCCCUGGCAUGGGGGACAAUCGGGGGGUUGUAGGGAAUCCCUGGGAGGGAAGCGGGGCACCCAGGGAGCUGGCAGCAGGGGAAUGGAGGUUUUCAUUUUGUUCCACGUGACCACCCCCCCCCCUCCGUGCAUGGGGGAGACAGUAUUGCUCUCUUAGAUCUGCUAUUUCCCUUGACCCAGAGCAGGGUGGCCCAGGGGUUAGGACACAGCCUAGGAGAUAGUAAACCUGGUUCCAGCAUGUACCCUGCCACAGACUCCCCAAGUGACCCUGGUUCAGUCACUUAGCCUCUCCCCAGCCCCCCCCCUCUGUACCAUGGGAUAAUAGCCUGCCCCAAGGAUGGGAGUCAGGUAGGUGAUCCAGGUAGAUUCAAGUGAACCGUCUCUGUAGGGAACUUGAAAACCUGCUUCGUGGGUUAAACUGUUAACACCCCAGGCCAUGAAAACUACUCACAACUGCCAGCCAUGUCUGGGGUGGCUCCUCCUGGGAAAGGGGCUGGAAGUCCGGACUCCUGGGUUCUCUCCCUAGUGCUGAGAGGGGAGUGGGGUCUAGUGGUUAGAGCAGGGGGGGUGCUGAGAGCCAGGACGCCUGGGUUCUGCCCUGGCUCUGGGCAGGGAGUAGGGUCUAGUGGUUAGAGCUGGGAGGUGCUGGGAACCGGGACUUGUGCAACCUUUCCCCUCCCUCCAAGGACUUUCGCUGAGGCCCAGCUUCCUUUUGACCAGCCCUUCCAGGGCGCGCUGAAUAAUUCAUGGCUUUUCGAGCCAUAGCUGCAUCCUGCCUCAUCUAUAUUUCAUGGCGCUGAAGUUGGCUCCAUAGAAAUUUUUUCCCUUCCAACACCCUGUGUUUAAGUCUCACGACUCUGGGAAUCCCUGAACCCGCCCAGAGCCCCGAGCAAGGAACCAGCCCUGAUUUCAGCUCCGUUUUCACUCCAGCCUGUCGAAGUCUUGUCAUUGGACUGAAGGGUUUAAAUUGAAUUUAGAGCAGGGGAGGGGCAGGGGACCAGGACUCCUGGGUUCUCUCCCCAGCUCUGGGAGGGGAGUGGGGUCUAGUGGGUGAGAGCAGGGGGAGUCUGGGGGCCAGGCCUCCUGGGUUCUCUCCCUGGCUUUGGAAGGGGAGUGGAGUCCAGCAGUUAGAGCGGGGCUGGGUGCCAGGACUCCUGGGUUCGAUCCCUGGCUUUGGGAGGGGAGGGGGGUCUGGUGGUUGGGUGUCUGGGGGCCAGAACUCCUGGGUUCUGGCCCUGGCGGAGGAGUUUAGUGGUAUUUUGUUUGAAUUUGAGUGUCUGUUUUGUGUGUGCAUUGAAUUUUCUCUCCUUUGACUGAGGAAUUUGAACUGCAUUUUUAAAAAUAUAUCCGAACCCUCUGUACCAGUAUCUGUCUAUAUUGCAGAUUUUUUCAACUGAGCACAGCUGCCUUCGGGUUUUUAGAGCAUGUGCUUGUUUUUAUUUGAUUCUGAUUGCUUAGGGUUGCAUUUGGCUUGGAGUCUUUAAUUGGUGCAGGCAGUUUCAUGUUUUUAUUCCCUUAGUUCGAAGGACGAGGAUUAUUUAAUUAAUUAGCAUUGUUGGAUAUAAUUAACCACUUCAUUUAGACGAUCUUAUUUAUUUAGCUUAAUUUCAGCAGUUUCCCGCCCUGUUGAUUUUGAUUCAUGACAGUUGUGCUGGUUUCUUGUUUGCAUGUUGCUUAAUUGCAGCGAAUGCAUUUAUGAUGCCAUUUGGGUGCCUAGGCACUCCAGUCAUGCAUUGUGCUAGGUGCUGUGAAUUUGUAUUGCUAUUAGGUGCAUUACGGGAGCGCCCAGGAGCCCCGGACACAGCCGAGGACCCCAUGGUGGCAGGCGCUGCGCAUUGUUAGGUGUAUUACGGUAGCGCCCAGGAGCCCCAGAGACAGCCCAGGACCCCAUGGCGCCAGGCGCUGCGCAUUGUUAGGUGUAUUAUGGUAGCGCCCAGGAGCCCCAGAGACAGCCCAGGACCCCAUGGCGCCAGGCGCUGCGCAUUGUUAGGUGUAUUAUGGUAGCGCCCAGGAGCCCCAGAGACAGCCCAGGACCCCAUGGCGCCAGGCGCUGCGCAUUGUUAGGUGUAUUACGGAAUCAAAGAAGAUCAGGGUUGGAAGAGACCUCAGAAGGUAUCUAGUCCAACCCCCUGCUCAAAGCAGGACCAAUCCCCAAUUUUUGCACCAGAUCCCUCAAUGGCCCCCUCAAGGAUUGAACUCCCAACCCUGGGUUUAGCAGGCCAAUGCUCAAACCACUGAGCUAUCCCUCCCUUGCGCAUUAUUAGGUGUAUUACGGUAGCACCCAGGGGCCCCAGAGACGGCCCAGGGCCCCACGGCUGCGCAGACCCUGAACUAAAAGCCGGCCCCGGCCCCGGCGAGCCGCCAGUGCUGGACAAGAGGCGCUGGCUAGAGACAGUCGGACAGGGGAACCCGGAGCAGGACUGAGAUCCGGGGGGGUCAGCAUGGGAGCCCCCCAGCGCCUGGCCCCACUGGCUUCCCAGCCGGGACGAGCCUGAGGCGGGAGCCAGAGGCGGGUAACGAGGUGGCUGUGGCCGGUGCUCAUGGGGGCGCCUGCCCCGUGUGGGGGGCAGCUGGGAGCUGUCAGCGCGGCCGUGAAGGAGCGAGGCGAGGCCACGGGGGGGGCGGGGAGCCCGGCAGCUUGUGUCUGACGUGCUAGCGACGGGCAGCCAGCGGACAGAGGCCUGACGCGGGCACAGCGACGGGCACGGGGAACAAGCUGCAGGGGCCUACGAGCAGGGCAUGUCUGUGUUUGCCAAGAGCAGAGAUCCGGGGUGUAUUUACACCACAACGGGACCCCUCACUCUUCCCAAGCGGGCGGUCAGGCUCCCUGCCCAGCACCCCCCCCCCAGCGUACAGUGGUCUGAGCUGCGACUCACUGCUGAGGGAGCAGCCUGUUUUCUCUCUCUCUGGUUUUGGGCCCCGAGUCUUCAGAGAACCAAACACACUCCUGAGCUUGGCUUUGAAACUCCUGCGAUUUUCCAGCCAACACCCAGGCCUUGCUUUGACUUGGCCCCUUUUCAAGCUUUUCUCUGCAACUUUGAAAGUGCAAACCAUAAAUUACGAUUGCGGUCGUCGACCCCAACCCCCCCCGGGUUUAGCCGAGAUUUGCGGCCAGGGGAGAGGCUCUUUCCGAGGAGCAAGAAAUAAAUGGUACAAGACGAGCCAAUUGGGGUGGGGUGUUUUUUUUUCCUUUUGGCAUUUUUUAUGGGCUUCCUAAAUUUGGGCCAAGGUCACAGAUUGGGGAGGGAGCAAAAAAGGAUGCCGUCCCAAUGUUUCCCUUUGAAAUUUCCUCCCGUUCUACGAAAGAAAUAACCACGAAACCAGCUCAGGAAAAAGCCCCGCGCCAAAUGGAUUCUUUUCCCCCCUUUAACGUUUGGGUGCGCUGGAAAUUUCGAACCGCUUUCCUCCAGCUGGCGCGACGGAUUUCUCCCCGGGUUUUCCCGAUUGGCAGAGCUCGGCAAUCUCCAGGACUCGCCCAGCUCCAGCGAGGAGGCGGGGAGAGUCAGAGGGCCACAAAACCUGCCCGGUUGGAGGGCCCAGGCUGGAGGCCGGCCUGGUAUUCGUGUUUGCUUCAACCGGAGUGGCUCGGUUCGCAAACCAGCCGGAGUCCCCAAGUGCCCGGGGAGGAGCCACCCCAGCCAGUGGUUAAUUCUCCGGGCUGUUCAACAUUUGCAUCUUGGCUCCUGUCUGAAUCAGUCCAGCUUCCGCGUCAGACCUUUGCCUGAUUAAAUACGCCUUCAUUAGCAAAUUUCCCCACUUUGGUCACCCCCUAACCUUCUCCUUCUUAAGCUGCACCCAUGCCCCCCCUCUGCGUUCCUGCCCCGUGGGGGGCAGCCAGGCCCAUUUGGGUGGGCGGCUGCUCUCCGCCCUCCCCGGUCACCUUCUGCGGUGGGAUUUAGGCGUCCGGCGGCUAAUUCCCCGGCAGCAAGGGUCAUCUCCGGCCCCAUACAGUGAGCGGGGGGAGAUCGGGGGGAGUGCAGACGGAUACCCCUGUUGGCAGGUGGGGUAAGGGGCUGGGGGUCAGCCCCAUAGGGAGAGCAGGCACACACACACACUCCCCCCUCCACCAGAGAAACAUUUACACCCAACCCUAACCCGGGACCCCCGCCAGCCCCAGAUGGAUUUCAAGACCUGGGUCAGAGGUGCCCACUCCCCAAUAUUGCUUUCUCCCCCCCAGAGCAGGACUCGUUCCCCCCAGCAGGGGGCGCCAGAGACACACACAGAGCGCAGGGCCCGGCCCCUCCAGCAGGGGGCGCCAGGGACACACAC